AUGAAGGUCAUUGCUGUUCUCGCUGUCUUCGUGUCCUGCUCGCCCACUCUCAGCAGCUUCUGGCAGUUUCAAAGGAUGGUCAAACACAUCACGGGCCGGAGUGCCUUCUUCUCCUAUUAUGGCUAUGGCUGCUACUGCGGGCUGGGGGGCAAAGGGAUCCCUGUGGAUGACACCGACAGGUCAAGCACCUCACUUCCCUCCCAUCUGGCCCCCAGGUGCUGUCUGGCACAUGACUGCUGCUACGAGAAACUCAAGGAGCUGGGCUGCCAGCCUGUGCUGAACAGCUACCAUUUCCACGUGGUCAACGGCACGGUAAUCUGUAGCUGCGCCCUUGGUCCUGGUGCCAGCUGCCUCUGUGGGCUGAAGGCCUGCGAAUGUGACAAGCGUUCCGUGUACUGCUUCAAAGAGAGCCUGCCCACCUACGAGAAAACCUUCAAGCAGGCCUUCCCUAGCCGGCCACAGUGUGGCAGGCGUAAGGUCCGGUGCUAA